AGGGCUCAGUAGCCCCUAGUCCAUCCUCAUAGUCCAGAUCCCCUCAUCCUCCUCCUGCUCAUCAUCCUCCUCCUGGCAGCUCCCUGAAUGCACAGACCCCAGCCCCAGCUGCCAGCCAUUGCUGGGACCAUGAGCUUGCACUUCUCCUCUCCUGCCCUGCACCAGGUGCCCAGCCACAGGCCGACCUCGUUCUUCAUAGAGGACAUCUUACUGCACAAGCCCAAACCCCUGCGGGACCCUUUCCCCACCAGGGUGCCCUUGCUGGACUAUGGCUACCCUCUCAUGCCAACUCCCACCCUGCUGGCACCGCACCCCCACCACCCCCUGCACAAGCCCGAGCACCACCCGUUCUUCCUGGCCGCCUCAGGUUUGCCGAUGCCAGCCCUGUUCCCACACCACACAGACCUGCCGGGGAAGCACUGUAGGAGGAGGAAAGCUCGGACUGUAUUCUCAGACUCUCAGCUCUCAGGACUGGAGAAACGAUUUGAGAUACAGCGCUAUUUGUCCACCCCGGAGAGAGUGGAGCUGGCCACUGCCCUCAGUCUGUCAGAGACACAGGUAAAAACUUGGUUCCAGAACCGGAGGAUGAAGCACAAGAAGCAGCUGAGGAAGACUCAGGAUGAUAAGACCCCCAGUGAGGGCCACAUGGACCCCGGAUCCAGCGACACAGACCCAGGGGACCCGAAUGGGGCUGAUCUGGAGAAGGGGGGCGGCCAGGGGCUGUACCUGCCGGAUGAGCCGGAUGAUGAUGUGGAUAUAAUUGAGGAUGACCUGUGCCCCCCACACCUGGUAUAACCCCGGGGGCCUCCACACUGCGAGACACUUCUACGGCAACUCGUGAGUCCAAUCUGUGCGUGGUCGCCCUCCUCCGGGACUCCUGUGUGAGUGGGGGGCCGGGUGAUUGUAGUGACGGGAGCUCCACCGUCUACUCUGUCAUGUGACAUUCCCCUCAAUCCCUCCUCAGACAAUUCUCAUACAGUGAGAUUGGGCGAGAAACAAUUCGGAGCAAUGGACAGAAGACGGAACUGGAGAUUAUAUCCUCCUCCCAUCAUGUGCUGGACAGUAAUCCUAUGUCAUCUUACACCUGUGCUGCACUGUACUCCUAUACACACUUCCAGUGCUACACUGUACUACUAUAUAGUAUACCCCAUCCUAC